AUGCCCGCCAGCCAGAUCGCAUCACCACUCCCCAUCCCUCCCCAGCGGAGGAAUCUCCGCCUCAUGACAGGCCAAGAUCUCUUCGCCAGCCUUAAUGCCACUCUCACCUCUACCACCCAUCGCCCGGCGACGCCCGUCCACAUCAUCCAAGAGCAGGACUACAGCGUCCCGGCACCUCCGCCACCGAGCCCCGUCUCCUUUGCCGCCGAGCACUGGCAAUCAUCGAUCCGUCAUUAG